GAGACGGAGGGAGGCAGGUACGAUGUGACGGAUCCGACGGAUCGUGUCGGCUUUGAACACGCGCUGGUCCGACCGGACAUUUGGAAGCGAGCGAAGACCGGAGAGUAGAAACUCACCUUGCAUCCAGCCAUGGGAGGUCAGAUCACAAGAAAUACCUUUUACGAUUCUCUGGCAGGGCCUUUUCCCACCACAUCCCACCGGUGCCACCACAAGCCCAAGCGCUGUCCGCCCAUUCAACAUGGUGGCAGCUUAUCCUCCUUCCCACUCCUCUUCCACCCCCAUACCAAGGGCUCUCAGAUUGUCAUGGACAUGGCCCAGAGGACCGUCAAGAGACAAGCCAGCUUCUGCAAUGCCAUCACCUUCAGCAACAGACCCAUUGCCAUGUAUGAGCAAGUUCGACUGAAGAUCACUAAAAAACAGUGCUGCUGGAGUGGUGCCCUGCGCCUCGGGUUUACAUCCAAGGACCCCUCCAGGAUCAAUCCAGACAACCUGCCCAAGUAUGCCUGCCCUGACCUGGUCUCUCAGAGUGGGUUCUGGGCCAAGGCCUUGCCCGAGGAGCUCUCCAACGAGGGUAAUGUCAUCUCUUUCUGGGUGGACAAGAAAGGACGAGUCUUCUACCGAAUCAAUGACUCUAGUCCCAUGCUGUUCUUUAGCGGGGUUCAUGUUUCUGAGCCCCUCUGGGCUCUAAUAGAUGUCUACGGCCUCACUCGAGGGGUCCAGCUAUUAGACAGUGAGAUGGUCCCUCUGGACUGCCUGUGUCCUCGUUCUUUUACCACCUCCCACCGAGCCUCCAUUCAGCGAAACGGCGAUGACCCUCGCCUUUCCAUCAGCCUCUGUGACCUUAGCCUCCAGCAGCAGCAGCUGCAGCAGCAGCAGAAUGGACUGCAGGAGGAAGAUGAUGAGGAAGAUGAUCGGUUACAGUCUCUGAGCUCCAGCACCUUCUCCUGCCACGUACCCCAAAACUCUCAAAACUUCCAGCAAUGCUCCCUGCUGCCCGCCCUGUUGGACACUGAUCUGCACUUCCACUCGGUGCACGGUGUUCACGUCACGACGCUGGAUGAGCAGACCGUGGCGCGGCUGGAGCAGCGUAGUGAGGAGAGGACCCUGGUGUUUAUCAGCCGCCCGCUGCGCUGCUCAGAGACAGUCUUUGUGAAGGUGGCCAAGGAAGGUGCCUCACGGUUCGGGUCCCUCUCCUAUGGCGUGACAUCGUGCGACCCAGCAACCCUGAGACCUAGUGACCUACCCUGCAAUCCGGAGUCCCUGGUCGAUCGCAAGGAAUUCUGGGCGGUGUGUCGGGUGGCAGCGCCACUACAGUGUGGGGACAUCUUGGGCUUUGCCGUGAACGCGGAAGGGGAGAUGACAGUGAGUCACAAUGGCGUCAGUGCAGGGAUGCGGCUGUGCGUGGAUAACUCCAGACCCCUCUGGAUGUUCUAUGGUCUACAUGGCUCCAUCACACAACUCAGGAUCUUAGGCUCAUCUCUGCACCCAGACAUCCGAGGGCUAUCGGUCCCCAACUCUCCAUCCUGUUCACCGAACAGCUCCACACUGCUGUGCGGUGGCAUCUCAGAGCCCAACCUUAACACAUCUCUGAACAUCAACCUCAACUCCAGCCUCAACACCAGCAACCAGACAGCCUUCAGCUCAUCCACGGGUACAACCCCUAGCUCCCCGUUCUCCAGCCACCCUGAGUCCCCUAAUUUCCCAUCAUGCUCAGGCUCAUGGAGUGACGAGUGCACCAUUUGCUACGAGAAUGUGGUCGACACGGUGCUUUAUGCCUGUGGACACAUGUGUCUCUGCUAUGCCUGUGGCCUCAAACUCAAGAAGAUGUCCAACGCUUGCUGCCCUAUCUGCAGGAGAACAAUCAAAGACAUCAUAAAGACCUACCGGAGCACGUAG